AUUCGAAACAAUUAUUGAUUAAUUUAUCAAACACAUCUACACUAUUUUGUAAUACGGAAAAUAACUUUGGUUUAAUAUGUUAAAAAGGGGGAAAGAUUAAAGGCAAUGAGUUACAUGGCUGGAUAUUUUGCAGUAAUUCAGCUGAUCAAGUUAAUUGCUGAUUGUAGCAAUCGGAAUGUGUGAUCAUUUCGGCGCGAGAUCAUUGAUUUUCACGACGCAUUUUCGCGCGAGGGCGUAAGGAUGAACGUGUGAAAUCGAUUUUCAUUAUCUCGUAAAACGCGUUUUCCCGCGCCGACUCGCGCGACACCGGAAAUCCGGAUCGGUGAGGAUUCCGAUUUGAAAAUGCCCCGCUUCGCAGGACGUUUUCGCACAAUCGGCUUUCUCACGCCGCGAGAGAAACAGCCGCAGCGGGGAUUCUAAUUUCCGGAACCGGACCGCGAUCCGGUUUCGUCGAAUUUUCCCAAGGGAGCCGAAAACGGGAGUCGAGAAACGCGCGAAACGGAAACAAGGGCCGCAGGCGCGGAGGAAGGGCGUGGCGCCCCCUCGCGCGACCACGAUCCUGGCCGAGCUCACGGGAGUAGGGGAGCAUAGCUGACCGGCAAGGAAGGGGGUAAGAGCGAAAGAGAAAGAGGGAGAGAUCGACAGAGAGAGAGAGUGAGAGAGAGAGAGAGUGAGGGGGGGAGCGCUGUAGGGAGCUUCCGUUUAUCGCGAGGUCAGAGAAGGCAGGCUGCGCGUUACAGUGGUGCUGUUGAAAAACACGAUGAAAAUGGCGUGGCAUCCAGAUGAGGAAGGACUCAGGCAAAUCCUGACGCUGCUCAAGGAAUCGCAGAGCCCGGACACGGCGACUCAGCGAGCCGUACAACAAAAAUUGGAAGAGCUGAACAAAUUCCCGGAUUUUAACAACUAUCUGAUUUUUGUUCUGACAAAAUUGACAUCAGAAGACGAACCCACUAGGUCUCUGAGCGGACUGAUAUUGAAAAACAAUGUAAAGACGUACUUCCAUAAGUUUUUACCAGAGGUGAUAAAUUUCGUAAAGCAAGAAUGUCUGUCGGCUGUCGGAGAUCCAUCACCGCUGAUUCGUGCGACCGUCGGUAUUUUGAUUACUACUGUCGCAUCAAGAGGUGAAUUAACGACUUGGCCGGAAUUGUUGCCGGCGUUGUGUCAAAUGCUGGACUCGCAAGAUUACAACGUUUGCGAGGGCGCGUUCGGUGCACUCCAGAAGAUUUGCGAAGACUCGGCGGAGAUAUUAGAUUCGGACGCUCUGAAUCGCCCUUUGAACAUUCUGAUUCCAAAGUUCCUUCAAUUCUUUAGACAUUCGAGUCCCAAGAUCAGAUCCCACGCGAUAGCGUGCGUCAAUCAGUUCAUCAUUCAACGCACGCAAGCGCUUAUGAUACAUAUAGACAGCUUUUUGGAGAAUCUCUUCCAUUUAGCUUCAGACGAUGAUUCUGAGGUCCGAAAAAAUGUGUGCAGGGCGUUGGUAAUGUUGCUCGAGGUACGAAUGGAUCGACUAAUACCACAUAUGCACAAUAUAAUAGAGUACAUGUUAUUGAGAACUCAAGACAUUGACGAGGGAGUGGCAUUGGAAGCGUGCGAAUUUUGGUUGUCAUUAGCAGAACAACCAAUUUGUAAAGAGGCACUUGCACCACAUCUGAUACGAUUAGUACCUAUCUUGGUGAAAGGUAUGAAAUAUUCGGAAAUUGACAUAAUCCUCCUCAAAGGAGACGUGGAGGAGGAUGAAAUGAUUCCAGAUCGGGAGGAGGACAUUCGACCACGUUUUCACAAAUCCAAGACGCAUCACUCGCAUCACGCCAACGGUAUGGGCAACAAGCAUACCGACGAGUCGAACGGCGGCGUGAACGGCGGAUGCGACGACGAGGACAUUGACGUUGAGGAUGGAUGCGAUGACGAUUCAACUCUAAGCGAUUGGAACUUGAGAAAAUGCUCCGCCGCCGCGUUGGAUAUGUUAGCCAAUGUUUUUAGAGAUGAGCUUCUGCCGGUUUUGGUACCAAUCCUAAAGGAGACUCUUUUCCAUCAGUCUUGGGAAAUCAAAGAAUCUGGUAUCUUGGCACUAGGUGCUAUCGCAGAAGGUUGUAUGAGUGGCAUGAUUCCACAUCUGUCGGAGCUCAUUCCUUACCUGAUUGGCUGUCUGAGUGACAAGAAGGCUCUUGUGCGUGCCAUAACUUGCUGGACGUUGAGCCGUUACGCACAUUGGGUUUGUGCGCAGCCUCACGAGACGCAUUUGAAGCCUCUGAUGACGGAACUAUUGAAAAGGGUUUUAGAUAGCAAUAAACGUGUUCAAGAAGCGGCGUGUUCCGCCUUCGCGACUUUGGAGGAAGAAGCGUGCACCGAACUGGUCCCUUAUCUCGGAUUUAUUCUUGAGACGCUCGUCUUUGCGUUCAGUAAAUAUCAGCACAAGAAUCUUUUAAUUUUGUACGACGCGAUCGGCACUCUUGCCGAUUCUGUGGGUCAUCAUCUGAACAGACCAGACUACAUCAAUCUUUUGAUGCCGCCUCUCAUCAAUAAAUGGAACGUACUGAAAGAUGAAGAUAAAGAUCUGUUCCCGUUGUUGGAAUGUCUUUCCUCAGUAGCGACCGCGUUACGUUCGGGUUUCUUACCAUACUGCGAACCCGUAUACAGGCGAUGCGUGUCACUUGUGGAGCAAACGCUAAACCAACAUAUAGCGAGUACGCAAAGUCCGGAGCAAUUUGAAGCGCCCGAUAAGGACUUCAUGAUAGUCGCGUUGGAUCUUCUUAGCGGAUUAGCGGAAGGGUUGGAUGGUCACAUGGAACGUCUGGUAAUGAACAGCAACGUUAUGCAGCUGUUGUACCAGUGUAUGCAAGAUACCAUGCCGGAAGUUAGACAGAGUAGCUUCGCUUUAUUAGGAGAUCUUACGAAAGCCUGCUUCCAACACGUGCUGCCCUGCAUACCGGAAUUUAUGCCUAUACUUGGACAAAAUUUGCACCCGCAAUUUAUAUCAGUAUGUAACAACGCGACAUGGGCGAUCGGCGAAAUUUCGAUAAAACUCGGGCCCGACACGAGCGCGUAUAUCCCGUUAAUUUUAACACAGCUCAUUGAAAUCAUCAAUCGACCGGAUACGCCGAAAACACUGUUGGAAAAUACGGCCAUAACGAUCGGUCGCCUAGGUUAUGUGUGUCCCCACGACGUCGCCCCCAUGUUACAGCAGUUUGUCCGACAGUGGUGUACCUCUUUGCGAAGCAUAAGAGAUAACGAAGAGAAGGAUUCUGCCUUCAGAGGUAUGUGUCAAAUGAUUACUGUCAAUCCGGCUGGAGUCGUGCAGGACUUUAUCUUCUUCUGCGACGCCGUGGCGUCAUGGUCGGCGCCAAAGGAAGACCUGAAGGAGAUGUUUCAAAAGAUACUGUUCACUUUCAAAAAUCAAGUAGGUGAGGAGAAUUGGAAACGAUUCUCCGAUCAAUUUCCGCCGCAGCUCAGUGAGCGGCUUCAUAACAUGUACGGCGUCUGAACAGCUCCGCCUAAAAGCGAAGGCCGCAUAAUGCAGCAGGCCGAACGGGGUUGGGCGGGAAACAAGGGGCGAAUGGGACGGGUGGGUGAAACCACGGCCUCUUCUCAUCAACAUCGUUGUCGUUACCGUGUCAUCGUGGUAUGUUAUUAUCGUGCUUUUGGGGAAAAUGAUGAAAAGCACGCCCUGCCUUUUAAGCCUUGGCUUAAAACUGGUGUUGCUGACAAAGAAAAAGAAUGAAGAGAGAGAUGUUAGCGAGUCGAAGCUAAAAAGGCAAGAACGACAAGAGAUAAGCAUUGGCCGAAAAAGUAAAGCGUGGGUGGGCGGGGACGGGACGGGACUUACUUCAGGGUGGGAGGGAGGAAUUUUGUGGGGAUCACCGACUACACAUUUUGAGAGACGGAACGAGGUAUCAUGUAACAACAAUCUGAUUUGAUAUCUUGGACGUACCGACGUAUACUCUGUACACUCCGUUUCCAUUAACGCUACCGCGUAACACUAAACGUGAAAGUGUUAUUCUCGCGUAUGUCAAAACGUGACAAAUGUUGGCGCCGCAGCCAACUCUGCCCCGGCUCUUUAAAAUAAUUAGAUAUACAUAUUAUUAUUGAGUAACCAACUCGCAAGAGUAGUUGGAACGUAAGAAUUUAGCAUAGAUCUCACGUUAUAGAGAUCGCGCGCGAACACUGUGAUCGAAAAUUUGUACGUUAGAUAUUGAUCCUUUUAUUUUUUUCCCCUUCCCCUUCUUUUUUUCCUUCGAGAGAAAGAGAGAGCGAAAGAGAUAGAGCGCGCGAAAGCGAGAGAUUAUUGUUUAUAGAGUUUUAGAGACAAGAUAGAACUACUUAUUUGAUAAUUAAUAUGAUACAAGGUAGAGUAUGUUAUUAGAAAUUUCAUAGUGUACAGAGGGUUUUUCGAGAAUAUUGUAUUUUUAUACGUUGAGAAGAAAACAUACAUACACAUGAAGAUGAUAAAUGCAGAAAGUGCCAUUCCGUCAUUUCGAACCAAAAUUUUUCCGCUCAUUUUAUUCUCUCCCUUGCUGAUAUUGUGAUAUUAGGUUAUACGCGAUAACUUUUUGUCAUCAUGUGUAAAACAUUUCAAAUGUAUGCGUGCAUAUGCAUAUACAUAUAUAUAUUAUGCAUCCUGUUAUAUGUAUACGUACGUAUAUAUCAACAUGAUACGAUGUUUUAUCUUACAGACUAUUUUGUGAUUACUUUUUUGUUAAACAUAUAAAAUUAGUAUCAUAUUAGUAUUAGUGUAAAUAUAGAUAAAUACAUUUUAGAAUGAACGUUUUUUUUUUUGUUAAUCAUAUAAUAGAUAUUUCAAAUCUUUGCCGAUCUAUCGAAGUCUCUCGAGUUGUUUAAAAAUCGUCGAUUAAAAAAAAUUUUAAAGAACGAUUUACAGAUGCGAUUCACAGAGCAAGCGAAUCUAUAACGUGAAGUCUAGCGACGUUAAUUUUAUUUGCGCGAUAUAAUGAUCUCGACAAUUCAUGUGGAUAAAGAAAUCUUGCGUUUAAAUCAUUUUUCAAAGAAAGAGAGAGAGAGAGAAAGAAGAGAGCAGACUGUCAUUCCAGUCCCACUUGCUUGGGCCAGUUAAAAAAAAAGUAAGCAAGUCUUUUAUCUUAAAGUGAUGUGUGUUUUUAUCUCGGUUGUUACUUAAAAGAAAAGAGUAAAAAAUUCUAAUAAUUCAUAUUGUGACAAAAAUAUGUAUUAUCGACAAUUGAGUAUAUGUAUACAUCUCAGACAUGAAGCUGCGAGAUCUUUCAACAGCGAUAAUUUCUGAAUAGUUUUAUAAAAUGCGAAAGAAAUAGUUACGAUUUAAUUUUCACCUUCUCGCACACGCAUCGAGACCAAGUAAGAGAGGAGAAAGGUGAGGAAACGGCACACAAUCUGAAAAAAAAAAAAAAAAAAAAAAAAUACUGACCAUCGUUAAGUCGCCAUUGUCAAUCAAAUUUUAAAGUCUAUCAAUAAAAGAUCUAAUGACUGGCGGGAACCGAACGAGCGCAGGCGAGACGGACAUCUUUUAAAAAGAGGAACUAGAUUAUAGCUGCGAGAUGAGAAGGGAGAUAGAUGUUCUUCGUAAAAUUAAAGAAUUGAAAAAUGGCAUUGUCGAGUACGACGCUACGAUGAAGGUGCCUUCCCCUCAUCGUCGCUCGUCGAAUAAAGAUAAUUCUGCAUCGUUCUGUCGCGUUUUUACGGCACACGCAACAGCUGCUGCGUCGCAGAAAAUCUCUUUCUUUCCUUUUCUUGGGAAGAAGGAGAUCGCGCGCGGCGGACAGACGAAUUCCGUGACCGCUCCUUGACUCGAUCCACACUCGUUCGUCAACUUGGCAAUAUAGAUAUCGUAUUAUAUGUAUAUUGUCAUAAUUUUAUCCCAAAACUCUGGCCCCUCUCCUUGCCCUGCCUGCGCAAUUUUUGUGAUAUUACUGUUUUUUAUAAUUACUUAAGAGCUUGGAAAGAAAACUGUAACAGAACUCGAGCCACAUGCCACUCGACGUGGGGUUUAAAUGAAAAAUUCGCAGUCGCGUGUUUUUAUCUUUUCUUAACGCGGAUACAAUAUAUGUACGUAUGUGUAAAUAUUGCAUAUAAAAAUCAACGUUGUUAUCACCUCACUUCUCGCAGAGUUACAUUUAAGAAUUCAAUAGCGGCUAAUGAGACGAUUUUUUACACACAAGUUGCAUCGUUCACUUCUCGAUAGUUCCUAAGCUAAAACGGUCGAUUUCUCGUCGGUGGUAAAAGGUAGAUGUGCUCGUUAUCACCGAUUCGUGGGUCUACCGUCGCGCGAAAUUUCGCAUCGCAAUAGAGUCUAGAGUAUAUACGUGUAUCUUCCCGUAAUUGUAAAUACGUUGCCUCUUUUCACCUCGGUAUACUUUCGGAUACUUCGCGGAUAAUUCAUAUUGAUACGUUUCCUUCUCCCGCCGAAGGAUCAUGUGGCUCGUAAUUACAUAUUAAUAUGCUCGAAAAGCUCUCAGUCACGAUAAGAUCGAGAUAAUAAAUUUAUAAAUGAUUACAAAGUAACAAGUGAAAGGACGUCUAUUUAUACAUAAUUAUUAUAUUAAAUAUUACAAUGAUAUGGAGGACUGAAAAAAGUGAUUAAUUGCCGAUUGAUAUCCGAAAUUUUUCCAAUCUUUUUCUAUCGUCAGUAAAUUGAGUGCAAAGACGUAUGUAUGGGAACAUGUAGUAACAGGGUGAUCAGCAGGCAAAGAAAACUAUGGAGGGAAAAAGCAAAAAAAAAA